AUAAAUCACAGGGAUAUUUUAAAGUGUAAUUAGAAGCCACAAACGAGCUCAAUGUACACUGGUGGGGUCCACAGGGACCACCGAUGUCUCUCUCUCUAUGGACAACCUUACGUACGUGGGGUCCAUCAGUUAUCAACACUCGCCGUGCGGUUACCGUGACCGCAUUGACCGUAACCCGAAUCAGGCUUCGGUCAAAUCCCAGCUUUUCACAGUGCAGGGUAAAAAGGUUGAUCACGUGACUGGAUGCAUCAACUGAUUCAAUUUUUACGCUGUUAGCUAGCAUGAGUCCCGGAUCCUUCUCCCUUCCCUCUUCCCCUCGCUAAAAAUUCGAAACUUUUGUCCUCUCCUUGAAACGCUCCAACGAAACCCUAAACCGCCAUUAGAGCUCCUCGGAGCUCUCGACGCGCUCGAGAACCAAGGCCUCCGGAGACGGCAUCGCGAUAAAGAUAAGUUAUUUCCUCUAGUUCUCGGUUCUUUCUAGGGUUUCCCGCUCUUAACGCCGUUUUUCGAAGAAACUAGGGUUUUGGUUUUGUUUGGAUAAGCUCGCCCUUUUCAUUUAGCUUAGAGACUUAGGGCUUUGAGAAGAAAGGGAUAGAUUAGGUCCUUGGGCCGAGGAAAGAACCUAGAAAACCUAGUAUAUACUCUGAAGCGAGACAAGUUGUGGUCAGAAUGAGUGAGCCAAGGGAAAGUGAUGGAUCCCCGAAAGAAAUGGCGGAGCAUUCAGACGAAGAGAAUGAGCAAAUGGAAGAAGAGACCCCAUCUGUGAUAAGUGAUCCUUUACAAUAUCAGAACGCUCAUUUGCAUGAAGAGGGUAAAUUAAACAGCAAUGGCUCUGUACUUGUAGAAACACCAGUGGAGCAUAAUCCAACAGAAAAUGCUGCUGAUAGUGCUCGAUUACCGGAAGAAUCGCAAAAGGACACCGAAAUUCCUCUUCCUGAUGGGAAGGAUGCCGGGGAAGGGAACAAGUUAAAUGAAGAAAAAUUAGACGAUGGGAACAAAUUAGUAGAGGCGGAGGUGGAGGUGGAGGCGGAUGCGGAUGCGAAAGAACUUCAUUCUGAAGAGAAUGGGCUUGAUCAGACCCCAUUGAAAGAGGAAAAGAAUGAAAAACUUGCUGAGGAAAAAGAGACUCGUGAGGAUUACCCUGAACCUGAACAUACAGAGGCCCCAGCGGAGUCUUUUAAAUUUGACCCAUUUCUUGAGGGAGAUGAUGAUGGGUCAGAGGCGCUACAGGCUGCUUUUAUGGUAGAGCUAGAGAAUUUCCAUAAAGAAAAUAGCUUGGAGUUCAAGCCCCCAAAGUUCUAUGGUGAAGCACUGAAUUGCCUUAAAUUGUGGAGAGCAGUUACAAGAUUGGGUGGUUAUGAUCAGGUAACAGCCUGCAAGUUAUGGCGUCAAGUGGGAGAAUCUUUCAAACCACCAAAGACUUGCACUACGGUCUCUUGGUCAUUUCGAUGUUUCUAUGAAAAGGCACUCCUUGAGUAUGAAAAGCAUAAAAUUCGUACCGGUGAGCUCCAUGUUCCAUUGCUAGCUCUUUCCGGGCCUAUGGCAGUUGACAGUCCAAUUAGUGCAAAUACAGUAUCCGUCUCUGGCAGAGCCAAAAGGGGCGCUGCUGAACGAGCCAUGCAGGGUUGGCACUCUCAAAGGUUUUUUAGUAAUGGUGAAGUUGGCGAUGCAAUCAUCAAGGACAAGACAUCCGUUUCACUUCUGAAGCGUGAUAAACAUCAUAAAAACAUUGGUGCUCUGAAGAAGAAAAAAGGAUCAAGCCUGGAACAUGCAGUUAAAGUUUCUCAUAAGAAACUUCUCAAGAAUCAAGUGGAUGCGAUGGUUGUUGAUGUUGGGCAACCUGCUGACUGGGUAAAAAUAAAUGUUAAAAGAACUAAAGAUUGCUUUGAAGUUUAUGCUUUAGUUCCUGGGCUUCUGCGUGAAGAGGUUCAUGUUCAAUCAGAUCCAGCAGGCCGCUUGAUAAUAUCUGGUGAACCGGAGCAGCCCGACAAUCCGUGGGGUGUUACUCCUUUUAAAAAGGUUGUUACCUUGCCCUCACGGAUUGACCCGCAUCAGACAUCAGCAGUAGUUACUCUUCAUGGUCAGCUGUUUGUACGUGCACCCUUCGAACAGCCUGAUCUAUAGCACUCUAGGAAUUUAGGACCUAUAUAAUGUUGAUAGGAGCACAGAAGCCAGUGUAUUCUGCUGCAGGUGUAUGUUAACUAAUCAGACUCUGGAGGUGGCUUUGUUGCGCUAUGGGUUCGUGCAAAAGCUUGUUCUCUCUUUAUGUCUGGAAGCUAGCGCUUGAUUCGUGCUUCUUGUGUCAUUAUCAGGACUUCUUUUUCUUAGUUAGGCUGAUAAAGAAAUCUUCUUGUGGACAGCUGAUGAUCAGUAGCCUUGUAAAAAUGUAGCAGUGACAUUCAUAUUUGAGGAUGUUGUUAUCUCAUUAUGACAAGGUGUUAGAUAGUUUCAUAUCUAAUUUCAGGUGAAUACUGAUGUAUCUGGGCUUGCUUGUUACGCUGCCUUCGGUGCUUUUGAAUUUUAGUUUGAUACUAGUUGCGAAGUGCUUGCUGUUGAAGUAUAUGAAAUCGCCGUCUCUUGUUUAAAUGACAGCCGUCGUUGUUCCA